AUGGGAGGAAAGAAGGGGAGUGGCAGGCGAGGACGCGGGGGACCGAGCAGCUGGAGGAGCGGAAGGAGCUUAGGCUGGAGGUUCGAGGGAGGCUGGCAGAAGUUGAGGAGAGAGCGCGGUGACUGGGGACCCGGCGGGGUGCAAGGGGGGAAGCCGGAGGGUGUCGUGGAGGCGGCGAGAGGAGGAGGCUGGCGAGCAAGCCCGGCUGGCCGAGCUGGGAGGCAGAGUGCCGAGGUGCAGGAUUUCAAGUAUGCCACAGAUGUUAGGGCAAGUGGUCUGAAGUCAUUGAAGCAGGUGAUCUUUGAGGACAUUGGCACAGGAAUGAUGGUGGAGUCCCAGCCGGAGUAUGAGGUCAAUCUGUACAUGUACCUUUACUUUGUCUGCUUCAUCAUCUUCGGCUCCUUCUUCACCCUCAACCUCUUCAUCGGAGUCAUCAUCGACAACUUCAACCAGCAGAAAGCCAAGUUGGGAGGAACCGAUAUUUUCAUGACAGAAGAACAGAAGAAAUACUACAAUGCCAUGAAGAAACUGGGCUCCAAGAAACCUCAGAAACCUGUUCCACGACCUGAGAAUAAGUUCCAGGGUCUGGUCUUUGACCUGGUGACCCAACAGUUUUUUGACAUCUUCAUUAUGGUGUUGAUCUGCCUCAACAUGGUGACCAUGAUGGUGGAGACGGAUGAUCAGAGCGAGGAGAUGGAAAACAUCCUUUACUGGGCCAACCUCGUCUUCAUCAUCAUCUUCACAUCAGAGUGCACUCUGAAGCUCAUCGCGCUCCGGCACCACUACUUUGCCGUUGGCUGGAAUAUCUUCGACUUCGUGGUCGUUAUUCUGUCCAUCUCCACCCCAGAGGACUCCAUCACCCACAGGUCCAGUCCACCCCAGAGGACUACAUCACCCACAGGUCCAGACCACUACAGUCCACCCCAGAAGACUACAUCACCCACAGUUCCACAGAGGACUACAUCACCCACAGGUCCAGUCCACCCCAGAGGACUACAUCACCCACAGGUCCAGUCCACCCCAGAGGACUACAUCACCCACAGGUCCACAGAGGACUACAUCACCCACAGUUCCACAGAGGACUACAUCACCCACAGUUCCAGUCCACCCCAGAGGACUACAUCACCCACAGUUCCAGUCCACCCCAGAGGACUACAUCACCCACAGUUCCAGUCCACCCCAGAGGACUACAUCACCCACAGUUCCACAGAGGACUACAUCACCCACAGGUCCAGUCCACCCCAGAGGACUACAUCACCCACAGUUCCACAGAGGACUACAUCACCCACAGCAGCUUCAUUCAGCUGUUCAGCUUCUGAGCCAGGAUCCGACCCCAUGGGCCAAAGGUGGACCUGCCUGGAGCAGGAGGAGGACGAGGAGGAGGAGGAGGAUCCACGGGACGUCCUGGACCCAGAGAUCCGGCUCCUCAGCAGGUCCCUGAUGGAGAACGCUGCUCGUCUUCUCAAAGAGCAGCCUCCUCUCCCAGCAUGCACCAGCAGCAGAGCGCUUCCCGGCACACAGCGGCAGCAGGUGGAAGUGCAGCAGGGUGGAGCAGCAGACCGACGGACAGCAGCCAGGAGGAUGAUGGAUGGAUGCACCGCCUCAGACGGCCUCAGCCAGGACGAGCAGAGCAUGAUGGGAGACCUCGACUCUGUCAGUUUUCUGGAUAAACUCCCAAAUGGAAGCAGAGUGGAGGAAGAGGAGGAGGUGAAGGAGGAGCAAGAAGAUGGAGGUGAACUGAUGAGGAACAGCUCUGAGGAGCAGCCAGAGAGGAGGGGUGAGGAGAAAGAGGAGAGAUUCAUGAUGAAGAAAGAGGAGGAAGAGGAGCAGUUAGGAGAUGACCAGACAGAAACUCCCUGCUCCUCCAUCACAGCUCCUGCUUUACAACAGGACCAGGGAGGAGCUGACGAAGAGGAGGAGGAGGAAGUCAGAGGAGAAGAACAGAAAGAGGGAGAUAAAGAGGAGGAGGACGUGACAGAGGAGAAAAGAGUUGCGGUGAAGAAAAAGGAGGAGCAGCUCGAAGGACAAGAUGGAGAGGUGGGGAAGAAACCGAGGGAGGCUCAGACAGAAACUCCCUGCUCCUCCAUCACAGCUCCUGCUUUACAACAGGACCAGGGAGGAGCUGACGAAGAGGAGGAGGAGGAAGUCAGAGGAGAAGAACAGAAAGAGGGAGAUAAAGAGGAGGAGGACGUGACAGAGGAGAAAAGAGUUGCGGUGAAGAAAAAGGAGGAGCAGCUCGAAGGACAAGAUGGAGAGGUGGGGAAGAAACCGAGGGAGGCUCAGACAGAAACUCCCUGCUCCUCCAUCACAGCUCCUGCUUUACAACAGGACCAGGGAGGAGCUGACGAAGAGGAGGAGGAGGAAGUCAGAGGAGAAGAACAGAAAGAGGGAGAUAAAGAGGAGGAGGACGUGACAGAGGAGAAAAGAGUUGCGGUGAAGAAAAAGGAGGAGCAGCUCGAAGGACAAGAUGGAGAGGUGGGGAAGAAACCGAGGGAGGCUCAGACAGAAACUCCCUGCUCCUCCAUCACAGCUCCUGCUUUACAACAGGACCAGGGAGGAGCUGACGAAGAGGAGGAGGAGGAAGUCAGAGGAGAAGAACAGAAAGAGGGAGAUAAAGAGGAGGAGGACGUGACAGAGGAGAAAAGAGUUGCGGUGAAGAAAAAGGAGGAGCAGCUCGAAGGACAAGAUGGAGAGGUGGGGAAGAAACCGAGGGAGGCUCAGACAGAAACUCCCUGCUCCUCCAUCACAGCUCCUGCUUUACAACAGGACCAGGGAGGAGCUGACGAAGAGGAGGAGGAGGAAGUCAGAGGAGAAGAACAGAAAGAGGGAGAUAAAGAGGAGGAGGACGUGACAGAGGAGAAAAGAGUUGCGGUGAAGAAAAAGGAGGAGCAGCUCGAAGGACAAGAUGGAGAAGUGGGGAAGAAACCGAGGGAGGCUCAGACAGAAACUCCCUGCUCCUCCAUCACAGCUCCUCCUAAUGAGAGAGAAGCUGACGAAGAGGAGGAGGAAGGAACGACUGACGGAGAGAAAGAGGAGCUGAUGGAGGAGUCUUCAGAGCUCCACCCUCCCCCAGAGAUGAAUAAAAUAAUCGUUCCCAGCAGCUCAGAGAGUCCUUCUGAGAAGCAGCUGGACGUCCAGGAGGAGAAAACAAACACACAAGCACCUCCCGCCACUCCAUCCUCUAAAGACCAGGAGGUCCCUGCUGAUAAAACAAACUCUCCCCUGACCAAAGGUGUUGUCAGCAAAGAGAAGAGACGUUUGAUUUCUACUGCAGCUCUUCCCUCCAGGACCAAAGCUCCAACCACAGCAGCUGCCUCAGCGAGGAAAACCAGCACCUCCUCCUCUCCAAAAAAACCGGCUCCACCCAAGAAAACAAGUGCUCCCCCUCCUCUUAAGAAAGAAAAAGCAGCUGUGAAGGAAACAGCUGAAGAAGCUAUGAAGGCUUCCAAGACAGCAGGGGGCACCAAAGCAGCCAAGAUGAUGUCAGCCAAGAGUACAGAGUCAGUAGACGGCGUCAGCAGUCCAGGAAGCCGUUCCCCUGCCAGUCGAUCGUCCACUCCAAACAGAGACGUCAAGAAGGUAGCAGUGGUCCGGACCCCCCCCAGGUCUCCAGGCUCUGCUCGUGGACGGACACCCCCCCUCCCGUCCCACCCCAUGCCGGACCUCAGCAACGUGAAAUCAAAGGUCGGAUCCACAGAGAACCUCAAACACUCACCCGGAGGGGGCAAGGUUCAGAUCGUCCAUAAGAAGCUGGAUCUCAGUAAUGUGACAUCAAAGUGUGGCUCCAAAAGCAACAUCCACCACAAACCAGGUGGGGGGAAGCUGGAGAUUAAAUCAGAGAAGGUGGAUUUUAAAGGCGCUCAGUCUAAAAUCGGUUCUCUGGAGAACAUCACUCAUGUGCCAGGAGGAGGGAAGAAGAAGAUUGAGACUCAGAAGCUGAACUUCAGAGAGACCGCCAAAGCUCGGACCGACCACGGUGCCGACAUAGUCACCCAGCCCGACUCCUCCCCUCCUCGCCUUAGCAACACUUCCUCCCCCGGAAGCCUUAAUGCUGCUGAAGCUCCGCCCCUCAACACCCUGGCCGACCAGGUUUCGGCCUCCCUCGCCAAACAAGGCCUGUGAUUGGAUGACCCGGUGCCUGCAGACCCACCCCUCCUAUUACCAAGGAAACUACCUGAUGGAAGAAAGAAAAAAAAAAUCAUCAUUCUGCCUUUUUCCUCAUGACCUUCAUCUAAUGUCACAGCGACAGGAUUGGAGAGAUUUUAUCAGCUCAGACAGCCAAUAACGUUCAGUCAGCACUCAGCGAGGCAGGUAACCCUCCUCUGUUUCCUCCAGAGAAGAAGAGUAUCAGGGCAGCGCGUGGCUAUGCUAGCUUAGCACAAAGACUGGAAACAGGGCGAAACUGCUAGCCUGGCUCCGGGUGGUCGCAGGUGGACUCUUCUUGGUGGGCUAGGUGUUCCCCCCGUGUGCAGUCCUUAUGCUAAGCUAGCUUAAACACUUCCUGGACCUCUGUCUGUGUGAGGGUUGAACUUUUGGGCUUUGAGCUGGUUCCAGAAGUACUUGAGGAGGUUUUUGGGUGCUUGAACCCAGUCGGAGUCCUUCAGGAGGACCCUGAGGAGGUUUCAGGUGCGGCUGUGUGAUACGGACACUGAUCCUGAUAGAAAUGUUUCCUCGUCACGUGACAACAGAGCUAACCCUAACCAGUCACAUGGCGACCUUCAGGCCGCCACAUGAUGAUGCUGUAGGUCUGAAACACGUCGUCUGACUUUCAGCUUAUUUCAGCUUCUGAAACACGGAGUUAGUUCCGAAAAAUCGACAAACUCAGGAUCAGUGAGACGGUUUGAGAAGUCCUUGAGGACGUUUACAAGUUCAGGGGGUCCAGGAGGUUUUUCCAGGAGUCCUUGAGCUAUCGUCUCAGAGAAAACAGAGAAUACGUUAAUCAGCCUGGAGCUUCCUUCAUAAAAUCCCUCCAAUCACAUAAAGUCUCUCUCUCUGAUGUCACCUCUCUCAGCCAAUCAUCACCUCUUCUGUGUUUCUGAAUGCUGAUGUGCUGUAGGCCCUCGUGAUGCCCCCCCCCCCCCCCCACACACCAUCCCAGAAUGCAGUUUGAUACCAAACGCCAAAACCAUGUCUCACUCUCUGCUUGUGGCUGUUAAAGUGCUUUGUACCAAUAAAGUUUCUCUUGGAUCCGAA